UGGAAUUGUAUGCUUUCACCAGAAAGAAUAACCAGAAAGAAUGAAUUGUAAGGAAAUGGAAAGACUUGGAAAAAAAAUCAUAUUGAGUGAAGUAAUCCAGUAUUUCUUGUUAGAUUUGUUGCUAAAGAACUGGUCAGGGGUUUUGUUUAUCUGACACUGCUUCUUCUUUUUUUUUUUUUUUUUUUAGAGCAGAUUAUGGUUUACACAAUAUUGAGCAAAAAGUACAGUGAAAACCUGUAUGCACUCUACCUUGACCCCCACACAUCCUUCUCCACUGUGAUCAUACUGCAUCCAGAGUGGUACACUUGUUAUGCUUCAUGAACUUGCACUUACAUAAUUUUUACCUGAGUCCAUAGUUUACAUUAGGGCUCACUCUUGGUUCUGCAUACUCUAUCAUUUUUGUUUUCUCUGUUGAUCGGAACUUACUGCAUAGCCCAAGUGGCCUUUGAGUUUGCUAUGUAGCCCAAGCUAGCUUUGGACUCACAUUCCUCCUGCCUCUACCUCCUGAGUGCUAAGAUUAUAGGCAUCCAGUGGUCUAAUAAAAGUCCUCCUUCGCAAAAGACAUUCUUGUCCUCUAAUAUUGCCUGAGUGAUGCUUCUGAGGGAAGCUGCUGUAGCCCAGGAAGACUGAAAGCAAGGCAAGUGUCUGCUCCACUUCUUCAGGGAUUCACCAGACCAGCUGUGUUAUGGAGGAUCUUACUGUGUGGCCCAGGGUCACCGCUAACUGUUGGGCUCAAACUAUUUUCCUGAUGCAGCUUCUUAAGUAGCCAGGACUUUCCAGCAGUACCAGCUUGCUAUGGGAUGGAUGACGAGGAAGAGAAUCACUACGUCUCACAGCUCAGGGAAGUGUACCACAGCUGUGACAGCACAGGCACAGGCUUUCUGGACCGAGAGGAGCUGACCCAACUCUGCCAUAAGCUUCACCUGGGAGAACAGCUGCCGGCCCUCCUGAAGACUCUUCUUGGAGAUGAUCAUUUUGCCAGGGUUAACUUUGAGGAAUUUAAGGAAGGUUUUGUGGCUGUGUUAUCUUCAAAUGCUGUUGUUAGCUCCUCAGAUGAAGGAAGCAGUUCUUUGGACUCAGCUGCCUCCUGUGCUGUCCAACCAAAGUAUGUGAAUGGCUCUAAGUGGUACGGUCGUCGGAGCCAACCUGAGCUAUGGGACUCUGUCACUGAAGCCAAAUAUUCUGGAGCAGAACAGCAAGCCAAAGCCAGCCAGAAGCAGCAGCUCCGGCGUUCUGCAUCUCUAGAAAGUGUGGAGAGCUUCAAGUCAGAUGAAGAAGCUGAUAGUGCCAAAGAACCUCAUAAUGAAUUAUUUGAAGCACAAGGCCAGCUGCAAAAAUGGGGUUCUGAGGUCUUGGGAAUCCCUCAGAAGUUCUGCAGUCUCUCCAACACACCUGAGUGUCAAGUCCAGGAAAUCUGGGCAGAGCUGGGGGUUGGCAGCAGUGGUCACCUGAACAAGCAGGAGCUGGCAGUGGUCUGCCAGAGCAUUGGGCUCCAUGGACUUGAGAAAGAGGAACUUGAAGACCUGUUCAACAAACUGGAUCAAGAUGGGGAUGGAAGAGUAAGUCUUGCAGAAUUCCAACUUGGCCUGUUCAGUCAUGACCCUGCUUCACUUCCAGAAUCUUCAACUCCAAUCAAACCAAGCAGGCCUUGGUCUCAUUACCAGGCCCUGGAGGAGAACGGCUGCCACACCACCACCACCACCUCAUCCCUCGUGUCUGUGUGCUCCGGUCUGUGCUUCUUCUCCAGUGUCGAUGAUGGCAGUGGCUUCGCAUUUCCUGAUCAGCUUAUUGCUGCCUGGGCCCAGGAAGGGAUUCAGAAUGGCAGAGAGAUUUUGAAGAGCCUGGACUUCAACGUGGAAGAGAAAGUGAACCUUUUGGAGCUGACCUGGGCCCUUGACAACGAGCUUCUGACUGUUGAUGGUGUCAUUCAGCAAGCAGCCCUGGCCUGCUACCGCCAGGAACUGAGCUACCACCAAGGGCAAGUGGAGCAGCUGGUGCGGGAACGGGACAAGGCACGGCAGGACCUGGAGAGGGUUGAGAAGAGGAACCUGGAGUUUGUGAAAGAGAUGGAUGACUGCCACUCUGCCCUGGAGCAGCUCACAGAGAAGAAGGUCAAACAUCUGGAGCAGGAGUACAGGGGAAGGCUGAGCCUACUGCGAUCUGAGGUGGAGAUGGAGAGGGAGCUGUUCUGGGAACAGGCCCGCAGGCAGAGGUCUGUGCUGGAGCAGGAUGUGAACCGCCUGCGGGCUGAAGAGGUCACCCUCCGAGAGAAGCUGACUUUGUCUCUGAAGGAAAACAGUCGAUUACAGAAGGAGAUCGUGGAAGUAGUGGAAAAGCUUUCAGAUUCAGAGAAGCUGAUCCUGAAACUGCAGAAUGACCUGGAGUUUGUAUUGAAGGAUAAGCUGGAGCCACAGAGCACAGAGCUCCUGGCCCAGGAGGAGCGGUUUGCAGCAGUCCUAAAGGAAUACGAACUCAAAUGCCGGGACCUACAAGACCACAAUGAUGAGCUGCAAUCCAAGCUGGAAGGACUUCAGGCACAGUUGCAUGAGAGCCGACCCAGCCCAUCAGGGGACUCAAGCAUCCGUGGAAGGCGGCUUCCUGGACGUGGACCAGCAGGCAUUUUGUUUGUGGGUGACUCUACUCCUGUGAGUAUAGGAACAGAAAUAAUGUUGGAGCAGGUGAAGGAACAUUACCAGGACCUCAAGAUCCAGCUGGAGGCCAAGGUAAAUUACUACGAAAGGGAAAUGGAGGCUCUGACAAAGAACUUUGAGAAGGAAAAAAAGGAGAUGAAGCAGGCUCACCAGGUUGAGGUCAGCAUGCUGGAAGGCCAGAAAACAGACCUGGAGGCCCUGUACACAAAGUCACAGGAAGUGAUCCAGGGACUGCAAGAGCAGCUUCAAGACAAGGUGCACAGUCCAGAGCCUGUGAAGGCUGGGCUGGCCCACUGCUGUGCACAGGAGUUGUGCAGCCUGGCCCGGCGCCUGGAGCAAGAAAUGCACAUGCGGCACCAGAACCAGCUGCAGCAGAUAAGGAGAGAGGCAGGAAAUGAGCUGAGUCAGAAGCUGUCAUGGCUGGAAGCCCAGCAUGCUGCCCACUGUGAAAGCCUGUCCCUGCAGCAUCAGUGUGAGAAGGACAAGCUGCUGCAGACACAUUUGCGCCGAGCUAAUGAGCUGGCAGCACAGCUGGACCUGGAGAAGGGGCGACGGGAAGAGAGAGAGAAGGAGAUCCUGGCCCGUUGUCGGAGGCAGCAGCUGAAGCUGCAGGCUAUGAUGAGUGAGGAACAGGCACAGAUAUGCAGAUCGUUUACUCUGGAGAAGGAAAAGUUGGAACGUACUUACAGGGACCAAGUGGAGAGGCUUGCCCGGGAGGCAGAGGUGCUGCGUGCCCUCUUGAAAGAUGGAGGUACUACAGUGGGCAACGAGUCAGAAAGGCUGUGCAGCCCCACACCCCUGUGUCCAGAUAGUGGGGAUCAGCCACUGGUCCAAGUGGCCCUCUGUGCUGACAGAGAUAUGGGGGUGUCAGUAGGACACUGGCCUAGCCAGGGACAAACCCAGGAUAGGGAUGCACUUGGCCAGCCUUGCAGUGUGUAUGCCAUCCAGAGCCCAGCCCCCACUCGGAUGUCCAGAGGCCCCUCAGAGGGCCCCAGCCUCCAAGACAACCAUCAAGGUCCACUCAGUGCUGUUCCUUUGGAAAGAAACUCACAUGUGGAGCCAUGUGGAGUAAACAAGGGAGCCAUCCUAGAAGGGCUAGCACCUUCUGCCAGGGCCUCAGCAAGCCCAUUGCAGCCUGACACCCAGGAGCUGCUCUUGGAGGAGCGAGAUGGCAGCUUGAUCAAGGAGCCAAUCUCCAUAGGAGGCCAGGAAGGAUCAGCCAGGGGCAGUAAAGGUGCCCUGGAGACUCAGCUCCAGCUUGAUGGAGAAGCUGCUAACACAGGCCUCUUGCUGACUUGCCCUAAGGUCCCAGACCUUCAGGGGGUUGUGCCAGAGCGACUUGCCACCUUUGAGGAGACAGCAGCUGAAACCCUGUCUGAGAGAGAGAAGAAUGAUGUGAAAACCAAACUUCUACAGCUGGAAGAUGUUGUCCGUGCCUUGGAGAAAGAAGCAAAUUCAAGAGAGAAUGACAGAAUCAAGUUUUGUAGGCUUUCUGAAGAAAACACUCUAUUGCAAACUGACCUGAGAAAGCUUCAGCAGGAGCUGGAAACUUCAGAGAACACAAAUGGCGCCCAGAGGAAGGAAAUCGAGGUUUUAAAGAGAGACAAGGAAAAGGCCUGCUUUGAAAUGGAAAAACUCAACACACAGAUCCAGAACUACAAGGAUGAAUUGUCACAGCUCAACUGCAGGGUCCUUCAGCUGGAAGGGGACCCUUCUACCCAGCAGGCCCGGAAGGAGAAACGCCAUGCUGCCAUGCAGCUGCUAAUGCAGAGGCUGGAGGAGGCUGGCCGGAGGGAGGAGCAGCAGGGUAACCACAUCCAGAAACUUGAAGCUGAACUCGAACACAUGAAUCAGGAAUGUCAGAACCUGCGGUUGUCACAGUCAGAACUGACGGAAAGACUUGAAGAAACUCAAGACCAGUUGUACAGUGCCCACCUGAGGCUAGAGGCAGCACAAGGGCAGCAUGCGCAGAAGGUCCAGCGUCUGCAGGAACAGAUGGGCCAGCUGGUGCCUGGGGCCCAUGUGUCAGAGCUGCAGCACCUGCUCAGCCUCCAGAAAGAGGAGGCUGGGAGAAAAUUGGAUGCACAACGGGAAGAACACCGGCAGCAGCUGAGAGCCAGGGAAGAGCAGAUGAGAGAGGCAGAGAUGCGGCUGCAGAACAUGGAAUGGCUCCUGCGGGAGAAGGUGGAGGAGCUGAGAGGCCAGUUUGAAAAGAACAGCAAGUCUGACUUGCUGCUCAAGGAGCUUUAUGUGGAAAACGCUCACCUCAUGAAAGCUCUUCAGGCCACAGAGGAGAAGCAACUGUGCGCCGAGAGGAAAAGCCGCAUCUUGGAAGAAAAAGUUCGAGCUCUUAACAAACUCAUCAGUAAGAUUGCGCCAGCAUCCCUCUCUGUAUAGACGGCUAGUUUUCCUCAAGUUCACACUAAGGAAAAUACCUUAGAAUUAAGCCACUCUGAUGCCAUAACUUUCUGUUCAUUAGCUAUGCACCUGUGGACCCAUGAGGACUAUGACUUUUUUCUUUGACUCACAACUAUAUGCCAGAGGAUGGCAAGUAGAUAUGUAUAAUGAACUGUUUUAUUGGUGGUUCUAGUAGUAGAGUGAACUCAGGGCCUUUGGCAUGCUAGGCUGGUGUUCUGCCUGCCACAUCCCCAGCCCCUCUUGGCACUGGUUAUUUUUGAGGUAGAGAUUUGCUUCAUGUGCCAGCUGGCCUGGCUGGGGUCCUCCUACUUGUGCUUUCCCUUGUCAAUGGGGAAAACAGGUAUGUACCACUGUGCCUAGCCCUUGGUUCAGACAGAAUCCUGGGAACUUUUUUGUCUGGGCUGGCCUCAAAUCAUGAUCAUCCAGAUCUCUGCUUCCAAGUAGCUAGGAUUACAGACUUGAACCACCAUGCCCAGCUUAAAUUCUCAAUUUUGAUACUUACUAUUGAGACAGAAUCUGGGGCUCUCAACAAACAACAUCUGAGAGCAAGUGGUUAAAUACGUGCAGUGUGAUAAACUGGAAACAUUAAAAUGCAGAAUCAAGGUUCACUGUUUAAAUCAUUGAAACUCUAGAUGGUGGUUCUAACACACAUUCCAGAAAGAUUUCCCUUGCUGGGAACUACCAGCUGCUAUGGUGGGAGGGGGAAUCUCUGUGUAGAACUUAACUAAGGUCAUGGACUCAGGGAUGGUGGUGUUUAUUGCGAAUGCAAUUUUCUCAUUGAAAUGUCAUCACACUGGAAAUGUGUAUAUGUACAUUAAGCAUAAUGUACAUUUGUACUAUAAGGUAUAGUUUUAUAUCUAAAAUAUACUUUAUGGAUAGCCAUUUGGUUUGUCAGAAUGUACUACUGCAAUGAGUCACUGUAUUUGCAAUAAAUUCUUUUCUACUAAAACUGA